GGCAGCCAAUGCAGCAAUGCUGUCAUCAAGUCAACCACGCUACCCCAGGCAUACCGGGAGAUUGAACGCUUGAGGCGAAAGAUCCAUGACCUUGAAUCAGAGCUUCAGCAACAAAAGACCGAUAGCCAUGUCGAUCUGAUAGUCUCUGCGUCACAAGAGGCAAACAUCGACCCGAAUCUUUCGCGUCUUUCUCAAAGACCUGCUCGUUACAGUUAUGGAAGCCCGACAUGGCUACAGAAAGGGGUCCACAUCUGUGCUGGGCAGUCGACGAGCAAGACGUGGUAUGGACCGUCGUCGCUUUUCUACUUCAUUACUCGAGUGCUGGACCUGCUUGGCUCGCCUGGACAACAAUCAGCGAACCAGGACCAACUUCCGGGUUCUGUAUCAGCAAGCUCCUUGUUAGACGAACCAGGAAACACGGUUUCGCCCAUGGAUGAUGCUCGCCCACCUGGCCAAGCCGGCCCUACCUCGACUCCAACAGAGGAAUAUUUGUCUCUGAUGCAGGAAGAAUAUUUUAUUGAGCUAUACUGGCAAUCUCACCAUGCAGCUGUGUUUCCCAUCAUCGACGAGACCGAGUUUCGGGAGCACUACAGAUCCUCAUGGACCGCUGAGGGCGACGUUAGGAAACCCUCGCCCCUUAUUGAUAUCGUGAUUGCAGUAUCAAUGCAGCUUGGCAUCUCGGCAACUCCAGCGGCUCGGCGGAAUUUUGCCAGACAAGAAGGCGAUGCGACAGUUGUUGGCCGGAGAUACUAUCUUCGCUGCCAGAAGCUUCUAGCGUACGAGUUGGAAAGCCCUGUGAUCUCGACCUUGCAGAGCCAGAUACUAUGUUCUGUGUAUCUCUGCUGCGCCAACUUUCAGAACAUGUCUGAUAGUGCUUGCAGCCCGGUCAUCAGAACUGCCUACAUGCUUGGCCUUCAUCUAGAUCCACCGGAGAGUCUGCCGUCGAAAGAGAGGGAGAUGCGGAGGCGACUAUGGUGGGCCAUAUAUAUUCUGGAUAGCAAGAUUGGCAUGAAAUAUGGCCGACCUUUCCUCUUGAACCGGACCAGGUUCCUACCUCAACUUCCAGAGCAUAGUCUUGACGCGGCUAUGGAGGCAGGAUCAAGAUUUAGUCCCCUUGGCUCCAACCUUAGUUGGCUGAGCUUUCAUCGUCUGCAAACAGAGUUGUUCAUGGCUGUAAGAACAGUCUACACAUCCUUCUUCGACGACUCAUUGGGGGCUUUUACGGGCAACUCUGCCUCAGACAACAUAGAGGCUUUCGAAGCCCAUGCGGAAGCUUUUCAUGAGAACCUUGAAGAGGUUGAUGUUUGGGCCCAGUCCGUGCCUGAUGCUCUCAAGACCACACGACUCAACAAUGGUCGCCCUCUUUCGACAGACUCUUGUUCUCUCGACUUGGAACUUUUUGCGCCCCUCUGGCUGCAACGGCAACGCCUCCUGCUAGAACUCAUGUAUCACAACCUUUGCAUCAACCUCUGUCGUCCAUUCAUCUUUGCUUGUUCAGCGUCAACAUCUGGUGGCGUAGAGCAGUUGGGGAUGAGAUGUGCCCGACAUGCGGCAACUCUUACCAAAAUUAUGCAUCAAGUCCUUUCCUCUACAGAUAUCUUGAAUGGAUGGCACGAAGCAUUCCAGUGGCAGUGGAAUGCAGCCAUGACGCUUGUAGGCUUUGUCCUUGCUUAUCCACAGGCUGCGUCCACAGCAGAGGCCAGGAAGGCUAUCGACGUGUCGUUGGACGUUCUUGAUCUCUACGGCGCCAGCUUUGCGGUGGCAGCCAAAGCUGCUGACGUCGUGCGCCGGCUUCGUGCCGAGGUUGAUCGUGUC